AUGGCAGAGUCCGAGUACUGGUCUUUUCAAGACGAUCUGGCCUCAUCUAGAGUCCGCCUCUAUUUCUUCAUCUCGAAUGAAGGGAACCAGAACUUGUUUGUCGUUCAAGCCAGCCUGUGGCUUUACUUGAAGCUGCUUCCAUAUGUCUUAGAGAAAGGCAGCAGGCGAAAAGUAAGAGUCAAAGUCUAUUUCCAAGACCCGGACACUAGCAACAAGUGGAAUGUGGUUGAAAAGAAAGUUGAUCUCAAAAGAAGUGGUUGGCACACUUUUCCCAUGACAGAGGCCAUCCAGGCUCUGUUUGAGAGAGGAGAAAGGAGACUGAACUUGGAUGUUCAAUGUGAGGGCUGUGAAGAGUAUUCAGUGCUGCCAAUUUAUGUGGACCCCGGGGAGGAAUCCCACCGGCCUUUUUUAGUGGUGCAAGCCCGCCUCGCCGAUAACAAACACAGGAUCCGGAAAAGAGGCCUGGAGUGCGAUGGCAGGACCAAUCUAUGUUGCAGGCAACAGUUUUACAUUGACUUCAGACUCAUUGGGUGGAAUGACUGGAUCAUAGCACCAUCAGGUUACUAUGGGAAUUACUGUGAAGGGAGCUGCCCGGCCUACUUGGCUGGCGUCCCGGGGUCGGCUUCUUCCUUUCACACCGCUGUCGUGAAUCAGUACCGAAUGCGGGGGCUGAACCCGGGCACCGUGAACUCCUGUUGCAUUCCAACCAAACUUAGCACAAUGUCAAUGCUGUACUUUGAUGAUGAAUACAACAUUGUGAAAAGGGACGUUCCUAAUAUGAUUGUGGAAGAAUGUGGUUGUGCUUGAUUUAAGGUGUGUUUUUUGGGGGGGGAGAGCGAGAGGGCAAGAGAGAGAGAGAAACAUUCCCGUACGAGAUGGUGUUGGAGGAAGUUUCACUGUGUAUCCAGGCAUCAGUGUUGGAAAGUCACUGUGGAAAAGUUUGACAAAAAAAAAAAAAGAAAAAGAAAAAGAAAAAAGAAAUAAUUUCACUUUUGUGUCAGGACAGUGGAAGUUUGUGGAUCUUGGACACUUAUAUAUUCUACCACUUAUAAGUUAAUGCUAUGAAAUAUCUUAAAGACACACACACACACGAAAUGUGGGCAUGCACACAAACACGCGCUCAUACACACACACGUGCACACAGAGACACAGACACACAGACACACACACACAAGAGGCAGCUCGGAAAAGGGACGUGAGCACAGAAAGUCAGUGACCAGUGACAGCAGACCUAAAUGCCUGCCAGUACGAGUGAACGGCUGAGCAGCUGUUUCCCCACCUGCCGGUGAAGUCACACUGAAAUGAGCUCCCUUUGCUCAGGCAAAAGCACAGACUGCGAGAACACGACGUAUUCUUGCACACAGGUGUCAAAAUCACCAAACAUAGA